GGAAUUAGACCGGAAGUUUUUUCACGUAGCGCGGAAACACGUAGUGGACUGAAGAGUGAUAGCAGUUUCUUGUUUCAGCUAACAUGCGAGUUGUAAAUUCUGUAAUGUAAUAUAUGUUUAAACAAUAGAUAGUUAGAAGCCAGAGAGAAAUUAUUAGCAUUAUAUGACUGUACUGACUCAUUUUCAAAGGCGAAUAGGCUUCAUCAUAUUGUUAGCUAGCGGCUACCUAGAUACCUAGCUGCUGUUGUUGUUGUUGUUGUUGUUGUUGUUAAAACUCAUAGGAAACCUAAACUUUAUGUUAGAUAUAGCUUAUUAAAGUGUUUUUAUGCCACCGUUAAUGGUGUCAAAACGAAAACUUAUAUUUGGUACAUUUUGUCAUCAUUGUUAAAAAUGUGAUGCUAAAGGUGUUUUAAGAAACAGACACGUGGUUGUUCAACAAUCUACAAUAUGGAAAAGUCCACAGCGUUAAACACAGCAGACAAAUGUUCCAUCUGCCUCAGUCACUUUGAACAGCAAACUGUGGCCUCUCUGCAGAACUGCCAGCAUGUCUUUUGCCUUGAAUGUAUUCUGCAGUGGUCCCAGACAGCCAACACUUGCCCGGUGGAUCGAAUCAGUUUUGCCUUCAUCCACCAGAGACAGUGUCCUGGAGGCGCCAUUCAAAAGAAGAUCGAAGUGAGGACACAGAAAAAAGAUGCUAACGAUGAAGAGGAGGCGAACAAUGCGGUUAUCUGUGAGGAGUGUGGACGGAGCGACCGCAGGCACCGGCUGCUCAUGUGCACACACUGUGAUUCAGGGUAUCAUAUGGACUGCUUGACACCAUCAUUAAACACAGGCCCUGAAGGUGACUGGAUUUGUCCUGAGUGUGCAGCCAGUCCUCAUCAUACAGAGGAGUCCGUGGUGGAGGAGGAGAUCAGCGAUGGAGAACUAACAGACCUCUUAGCCGAAGUUGAUGAAACUGCAUCUACCAGCAGUCGCCUUCGGCCCUCGACCAUCAGUCGUCCCAGGCGCUCAGCUGAAGGACGACGCAGCGCAAGGGUCCGGAGCAGAACCAGCAGCAAUCCUACUCCUCGCCCGCAAACCUCUUUGCAUGUACCUAAAUACCUCUUGAAAGCGUCAAGGCCUCCAGUCACAACAGCUGAAGCAACUGCGCUUCAUCACAGUGAAACCAGCAGCGCUUCAGCUGAGUUAGAUGCACCGAAAAGAAAAAGGGUUUGACUUGAGCUGCUGACACCAACAAGCAGAGAGGAUGCUGCAAGACAGUCAUCACUGCUGAAUGAGCUACUUCGCUGCUGUAAUGAUAUAUUCACUGUCAGCAGUCAGUGACUGCAACCCUGCAUGACCCGGGUCCCCGUCGUCCUCAUAUCUUGUGCUGUUCCAGCUCUGACCCCGGACUCACCCUCUCCAGUCUUUAUGGGAUCCUGUCACUGUCUUCCUCACAGGAAUCACUGACAGGAACAGCAGCCUUUUGAAGAGCCCUCCAGUGGAUAAGGAGCUGGGCCUGCAGAGCUGAAGGGCUUUGGUGCCUGUAAAGCCUGUGACUCCUUAAGCAAUUAGGCUUACCCUAACACGAUUAACACACAAUGGAGCCAAGGUCAAAACUUCUAAUGACUGGCUGCUCCGGUCUGUUUAUCAGUGCAGUAUGUUCCUAAAGACUGACAUGCUAAAUGACAAUGAGGUGACAGUGAUGUGACUCUAGGGUAUCUUCCAUUCAUGAAUACAAUCUGUUGUAUAAAAAUUCUGCCACGCAUGUAAAGGUAAAGUGUAUUGUCUUCACCUAAGGGAGAGUUAGAUUAGUAUAUCAAUAUCACUCUGUAUGUCUGUAUUCUGAGAAUGAAGCUAUAGCUUGGAGGAGGAAGACUGAAAAGAGAAGAAAAAACUCCACACCUACAGUAUGAGUUUCACUGAUUAAUAUGUCCCAUAUCUCAUUUAUUUAAUCUGUACAAACAUUAUAUUGUCCAGCACAUAACUCCUCCUGAAGCAACUAUUUGUCGUGUUUAAAUUUUAGUUUGUAGUACGUGGAUUUUUUUUUUUACCCAUGUAGGAACUGUGUCUCUAGAGAUGGCGUUGUCAGUUUCUCUGUCCUGGUGAUACUGUAUCUUUUCCUUUAGUGCUGCCAUGAGUUUGACAUCUGUUGGAUGGAUUAACGUAAUUAGGUGCACAUAUUUGGUCAUUUUGAACUUUUUGUUUUAUUACUUUUUGUUUUUGUUGUUGUUGCUGUUGGACUCGUCUUGUUCACCCAGAGCCAACACAACCCUUUCCACCUGCUUGCAGUCUUUAUGCUAAGCUAAGCUACCUAUCUCCUGGCUCCAGUUUCAUAUUGUACAGACAGGGAAAGUGGCAUCAGUCUUCUGCUGACAGUCAAAUUAAAAUUGUAAAAAUCCCCCGAAGUUAUUUUUGCUGCAGCAGCAGUGAUGCAGGGGAGCUGAUGCUGGGAGGCCUCGACACCCGGGAGCAAUGCUAAGAGCUGCAGGGGCAGAGAAGCACGAGCUAAUGUGCCUUGGCAGAGCUGCUAAAUAAGUCAGCAGUGAUGUUAGCAUGAUUGCAAACAGCUUCUGGUAAUGUGUGUUUCAAACUCAGAGAGGUCACGGUGUCAGGGGUCUUCGGAUGUGACCCAGUAUGCUGAAUGAGAAUAUAAUUUAUUAAAAUAAGUAUCAUCAUCAGAACAUGCAAUAUAGUGAUUCCCAGCCUCUUUGGCUUGUGACCCCUUAAGAUUAAGCAGUCUACUUGUGAUCCCAUCAUCACUGGUUGCAUGAAUCUACCAGCUUCAACCUGAACCUUUUUUUAUUUGAAUAUGUUUUCACCAGUCACAUGAAAAAAGCAAAAAUUAGAGGAAGGUCUGAAAAGUUAUUCUCAUUUGGUGCAGCAGAAAUAUCUUUUCUGCUUUCCCCAUCCGGUCAGUCAUCUCUUGAGCCUUUACUUUUCUCUUGUGGCCCUUUGUCAGGGUGUAGACCAGAGGUAGGAACCACUACUUAACUUAUAUAUGGCACUUAUUAGGUAAUGGCAACUCUAAUUUCCAAACAAUUAGUGAAGAAUUGAUGUCAAACGUUGCACAUUAUAGAAGAAAACCCAUUAAAUCCUGUUGCACUUCACUUGGUACACAUCACUACAGCGGUGUGUGUGAACCUGGUGUGAACAUUUGAUAGAAGAAAACAAAAUGAAAACUUGAUAUUACGAAGUGACAGAGCCCUGCAGACAUCUCUAUUCAACAUAAAUGACAGAGAUUAGAAUUGAAAUGAAAUUGUUUGAUAUCUCAAGAAAUACUCUCCUUUGUUCUCUUGCCUUGAGCUAAAUGAGAAGAUUGAUGCCACUGUCUUGUUGGUUUGGUAAUAUGAAGCAGCUGAUGAACUUAGCUUGGCAUAAACACUGAGAAGAGCUCUGGCUUUGCAAAUUGUUGAUUUUACACUUAGUGUUUUUGUGUGGUUUAAAUAUUGAAAUAUACAUGCUUCCCUAAAUGUUGAA